UUUCAUUUUGUUUAAACUUUAACAUUUAUUUUGAAUGUUGGUUAUCCUUUCUAUAAGGAAUGGGGGAGGAGUUUAACGUGUGCAGUUUUUUCUGGUCAGUGAUGAAAUAUGCUUGUAACAGACUGAACUUAAAAAAUCAAUUGAAAAUCAACAUUGCAGUGUAUACAAACUUACUGAGCAAUAUGCAUUUGCAGUUAUAAUUACAUUAGAAACCAGGCAGAAAACGGAUGCUUUCUGCUUUUUACAUAAGUGACGUAAAACCCAUAAUGCAUCGCUGUUGGUGAAAAGCUCAUUCUAUUUCCGCCAUUAUUUGAAAUUUUGAAUUGAGCCUAAAAUUGGCAAGAUUUUUAUUGUACUAUUGUUUCUCCACGUGUAUACGAGAUUCUUCGGAUAAUCUGUAUUGUCUCGCUAUGGAAUUUCAAGAACCAAUGGCCCUCGGAUCCCCCACCUCCCCAAAGCCCGGAACAGGUGCUCAGUUCUUGCCUGGAUUUCUAAUGGGAGAUCUGCCAGCCCCUGCAACUCCUCAGCCUCGUACCUUCGGCGGCUCCAUUGCAGGUGGAAUGGAACUGAGGUCCCCGCUUAUGUCAGGUGGCUCACCUCCUCAGCCAGUUGUCCCUACUCCAAAGGACAAGAGUGGAGCGCCUCCAGUUAGAAGUAUUUAUGAUGAACUUGCAAGUCCAGGAGUUGGUUUAACGCCAAUAAGUUCAAGAAAACAACCUACCUAUUCAGUUAUGCAGACUCCAUUGUCUGGGAUGACUCCAAGCACCCCUGGAACAGCUUCAAGUGUGUUUAGUCCUGCCAUUGGGCAGCAGAGGAAAGCCACCCUCUCUCCGGCUCAAGUCGAUCCUUUCUACACUCAAGGAGAUGCUCUUUCUUCAGAUGACCAUCUAGAUGACAAAUGGGUUACAGUUUUUGGGUUUCCUCCAGCAUCUGCUUCUUAUAUCCUGCUUCAGUUUGCUCAGUAUGGAAGCAUAUUAAAACAUGUGAUGUCUAACAAUGGAAAUUGGAUGCACGUGCAAUAUCAGUCAAAACUCCAAGCUAGAAAAGCUCUCAGUAAAGAUGGAAAGGUCUUUGGAGAAGCUAUCAUGAUUGGGGUUAAGCCAUGCAUUGAUAAGAGUGUCAUGGAGAGUUCUGAUAAAGGUUCAACAUCUGGCUCCUCAGUAGUGUUUACUCCUCCAAUUAAAAUGAUUGCGACUCCAUCCCAUCCUGCAAGUACACCUCGAUCAACCUCCAUGAGACCUCUUGCUGCUGCAUACAAAGCCUCCAGCAGUGACUAUCAGGUGGUUACUGACAGACAGACCCCAAGGAAAGAUGAGAGUUUAGUAACAAAAGCCAUGGAAUACAUGUUUGGUUGGUAGGGAUAAGAAAAAGCCCCUGAUUGUUCAGAGUACAGCAGAGAUGGAGAUCUCGCUGAACUCUGGUUUGUUCUUCUGUACUGCUAUUGUAACUUGGUUAGUUAUAUAACCACUUUUGGACUUGUUGAAGCCUUUCUGAUACAGACUACAUGUAAUUAGUUUGCACUUUAUUUUGGGAGUGGAUUGUACAGAGUUGUAUGAACUUUACACUGUUAAGAAUUUAAUUAUUUAAUUGGUCUGUACAUUAGGUUUCUGAAAUUUAGAUAAGGCAAUGCUAAGAUCAAUGAACAAAGUUAC